AUGGCCUCACGGCGCGCCUUUGUGGCUGCAAGUUUGUUCAGGCCUUCACAGUACCUGCAAGCACGCUCAUAUUCGUUUCACAACGUUAAGUACAUAAAUCCAGUGGUACCAAAGGAGCCGAAGAAGAAUUCGGGAGUCCAUCCCGACGAGCUCGAGAAGCUUUUCGCAGAGCCCACCUGGUCCGUCAAGUCACUUCUACCACCCAAGACGCGCGCUGCCGAUGCCCCGAAAAUCACCUCUGAGCAGCUCCACCACCUACUGCGAUUGUCUGCCCUCCCGCCACCCGAGACGUCCGAACAAGAGCAGAAGAUGCUGGACACGCUUGCGGACCAACUGCAUUUUGUGGGUAAGAUACAAGAGGUAGAUACCACGGGCGUAACUCCCCUACGGGCUAUACGUCCUGAGGGACAAGCUGCGAUAAAGGAGCAGAUGAUCGGGUUGGAGCAGGUCAAGGAAGUCCUCAACAGCGAGAAAGUCAUAGGACAGCAUUAUAAGCGCAUACAACGAGACACAACACCCAAGGACGCCAAAGACGUUGAAGACUGGGACGUACUAGGCUCAGCUGAGCGCAAGUCUGGCAAAUACUUUGUUGUUGAGAGCGAGCGACCCCAGGAAUGA